AUGGCCGCCCCCGCCACCCAGCAGUUCCAUUUUCCCUCCCCCCUCGCAGACACCUCGGAUGCUAUGGCACUCGACUCCGACUCAAGCGACAACAAUAGCGGCGCUUCCGAUCGUCCUGCCCCUGCCGCCGUCGUCCUCCCCCAUCAGCCACAGCCGUCCGCCAACGACUCCGAUGCCGAUGCGGACGACAUGGACGCAGACGCUGAGGGCGAAGACGCAGAUGGUGACCCUGACUAUGCGUUCGAGGGCGACGUCGAACCUCCCGUCGAUCCCUACGCUGCACCCAGUGGUUCGAGGCUAUCAAGCAAGGGAUACGAUGACGAGUCCGACGAUGGCUCCUUCGCUGAUGAAGAAUACAGCAAGAAAAAACCCGCUAAAAAGAAGAAACCGUCGAAGCCGAGAGUCUCUGCCUCUAAAACUCCUGCCCCAGCACCACCCCGGCAGGUCGAUUCAGACUCAGACUCUGAAUAUGGGGCACGGUCAAAGAAAAAGAAGAAGCCCCGUAUUCCUGAUGACAGCAUUCGCAUGUCGAGCAGAGGUGUGAAGGUCCCAAAUUACGUUGAUGACGUCGAGAACUUCGAAGAGUUCGAAGAAGACGAGGACAAUGCCUACUAUGCUGUAGAUCCAGGUGCUCAAUACGAAGAAGAGCACGAGAUCGAAGGUGUUUUCUACCAUGCUCGCGAUGAAGACCACAAGGAUGACCCGGAGGAUCUUUGGCAUGAGAACAUCCGGUAUCACAUCAAAUGGAAAGGCUUCUCUCAUCUGCACAACACAGAUGAGAAUUAUGAAUUCCUUAAGCGCUUCCGUGGCCUGAAACGCGUGGACAAUUACAUCAAAGCCUACAAGCAGUACCAGGCACGCUUGGACGACCCAACUCUCAGCCGAGAAGACACAGAAGCUCUUAUGCUAGACAAAGAACGUGAAAGGCAAGACCUUGAGACUUUUAAGACUGUCGAACGUGUGGUGGCGAUGCGCGAUGCCCCCGGUGACGUCGAAUACUUCUGCAAAUGGCAGGGCCUCUCCUAUGAAUUCUGCACCUGGGAGAGUGCCGAGGAAAUUAAGGGUAUUGCGAAGGAACAAAUUGACUCCUUCAUGAAACGCGAGAAGGAUGGCAAAUUCCCAUACCGCAGUCAGCACUAUCCGAAAGACAAACGCCCCGAGUUCGUCAAAAUCAAGAAGGAUCCGGAUUAUGUCGAAGUGACUGGAGGAGAACUCAAAGACUUCCAGCUCACUGGGUUGAACUGGCUUGCGUAUCUUUGGAGCAAGGGUGAGAAUGGAAUUCUUGCCGAUGAGAUGGGACUUGGCAAGACGGUCCAAACAGUCGCGUUCCUCUCCUAUCUCUUCCAUCAGCAUAAUCAAUAUGGUCCAUUCCUUGUCAUAGUACCCCUUUCGACUAUCACUGCUUGGCAGAUGCAGUUCGCCGCGUGGGCACCUGACCUCAACGUCAUUUGCUACAUUGGCUCGAGUCGUUCUCGAGAAGUGAUUCGAAAUUACGAGGUCUAUGCGGAGCCAAGCAAGAGCAAGAAGGUCAAAAUGAAUGUGCUACUCACAACGUACGAGCUAAUUCUUCGCGACGCGGCGAUGCUUGGAGACAUUAAAUGGCAAGCACUGGCGGUCGACGAAGCACACCGUCUAAAGAACUCAGAAAGCCAGCUCUACGAAGCAUUGCGGACUUUCCAUGCUGCUUCAAAGCUGCUCAUUACCGGGACGCCACUGCAAAAUAACGUAAAGGAACUUCUGUCUCUUAUGCACUUCCUUAUGCCUGAGAAGUUUGCUUUGACAAAUGAAUUCGAUCUCGCGGACGCGGAUCAUGAGGCGAAGAUCAAGGAAUUACACAAACAACUUGAGUCGCUCAUGUUACGCCGUUUGAAGCGGGAUGUAGUCAAGAGCUUGCCAACAAAGAGUGAACGCAUCCUACGUGUCGAGAUGUCGGCUUUACAGACGCACUUCUAUAAGAACAUCCUUACAAAGAACUACCAAGGCUUGGUCAAGAGCGCGAAUGGCAACGGAAAUAUCAGUCUCUUAAACAUUGCGAUGGAGCUGAAGAAAGCCGCGAAUCAUCCUUACUUAUUCGAUGGUGCAGAGAACCGCUCCGACAAUCGUGAGGAGACACUGAAGGGACUCGUAAUGAGCAGUGGCAAGAUGGUCCUGCUCGACAAGCUACUUGCGAAGCUUAAGCAAGAUGGUCACCGUGUGCUCAUCUUCAGUCAGAUGGUUCGCAUGCUAGACAUACUGAGUGAUUACAUGUCACUUCGCGGCUAUACACAUCAGCGGCUCGACGGAACUGUCUCUUCGGAGGUCCGCAAGAAGUCAAUAGCACACUUCAAUGCUGAUGGAUCAUCCGACUUUGCGUUUUUGCUAUCGACGCGAGCGGGUGGUCUGGGUAUCAACCUGGAGACAGCUGACACUGUCAUCAUUUUUGAUAGCGACUGGAACCCGCAAAACGAUCUGCAAGCUAUGGCUCGCGCUCACCGAAUCGGACAGAAGUCGCACGUAAACGUGUAUCGGUUUGUUAGCAAGGACACGAUGGAAGAGGACGUUCUGGAACGAGCGAAGCGAAAGAUGGUCCUCGAAUAUGCUAUCAUUAAUCAAAUGGACACGUCCCAGGCGCACUUGAGUUCGAAGUCUGGUACACAAUCAAAGGAUACUACUAAGCCUGAUAACCUCAGCAAGGAUGAAUUAACGGCUGUGCUGAAGUAUGGCGCUCAGAAGAUGUUCGACAAGGACGACUCUCAACAAAAUAAGAAGCUCGAUGAUAUGGACCUAGAUGAUAUACUUAACCGCGCUGAGGACCAUGAGACGAUGGCUUCUGGAGGCGAUGGUGGCGCGUCGUUGGGAGGCGAAGGCUUCCUUGCGUCCUUCGCUGCCGUGAGCGAUGUUAAGAAUGACAUGAGUUGGGAGGAUAUCAUUCCUCUGGAAGAACGGAUUCGUUUCGAGAAGGAAGAUGAGGAUCGCCGGAUGGCAGAGCUUGCAGAGCAGUCGAGAGACCGGAAACGUGCCGUUGCUCCCGUUUCGUAUGAGGGUAUGGAUGUGGAUCAAGCACCUACUCCAUCGAAGAAGCCCAAGCAACCCGCACCUGUACGUAAGUCAGCUAGCCAGAAGGCGCUUGAGCUGAAGGAGAGAGACAUCCGUGUCCUUGUGAGGAGUCUUCAGCGCUGGGGCGAUAUCCGUCAACGCUACGACGUUAUCGUGACUGAGUCUAAACUGCAAGACAAGAAUAAGGCUAUGAUCUUGGAGACUGCUGAUGCAAUCAUAGACAUGUGCGAACAAGAAGUUGAGAGGAACAAUGCCGAAAAGCGUGCUCGUAUGGCGGCUGGUGAGACACUCACCAACGCACAAAAGAGCAAGGCCGUUCUUGUCACAUUCCGAGGAGUCGGGAAUAUCAAUGCGGAAACCGUGUUGUCACGCCAUCGGGACCUUCGGAUCCUCUACGACUAUCUUAGUGCACUGCCUGAUCCUUACACAUGGGAGUUGCCCAUCGAGAACAUUCGUCCAACCUUGAACUGGUCUGGUCGCUGGGGACCCAAGGAUGAUGCGAUGCUGUUGGUUGGCGCUUUCCUGUACGGUUUCGGUAAUUGGGAACAGAUUCAGAAAGAUCCCAAGCUUGGCCUAGAAGGCAAGUUCUUCCUCGACGAGGGCAAAAAGGGCGAAGAUUCAUCAACCAAGCCUAUCCCGAAUGCGAUCCAUCUUGUUCGCCGUGGCGAUUUCUUGCUUAAUCUGCUGCGCGAAUACAACGAGAAACUCGUCUCGUAUGAAACGUCGAUGCGUGCGAAGCCGCUGAAGUCUUCUGUGUCGAUGUCGCCACCACCUGUUCAUGCCUCGAAUGGGAUGAAACGCAGGGCAGAGAGUGAAGCUGUGUCUGCUGUAGAUGAAGGGGCUGCUAAGAGACGCAAGCGAAGACCGACGCCUACGUUCACGGACUCGGAGUCCUCGGAUGAAUGUCCUUCUAUGGAUGAGGCUGCGACCAAGGAAGAGCUAAGGCCCGUGAAGAAGCAACUGAAACAAUUGAAGCUAUCUGGAGGCGAUAUGCCUCGCGACAGCAAGGUUGCGAUUCUCAAGGAUUCAUUAGCCGCCAUUGGUCGUCGUAUUGAUCACGUCUUGGAAAUGAAAAAGAAUGCGGGUGAGGAUGUCGAUAGAUGGAGACGCCAUCUGUGGACCUUCGUUACCUUGUUCUGGCCGAAACAAGUGAAGGCGUCCAAGCUUGAGGAGAUUCAUGCCAAGAUGGUGAUGAAGGAAGGUGCACCACGACAGUCUUCUUCGGGUUCUGUCAAGCCGCCUCGUCCUACGACGAGCGUAAAAACCAACGGAGCCAUCCCAAGCGCGUCUUCCACACCUCCGUCUCAUCGUAUGAAUGGCAGCAAGCCUCACCGGUGA